AUGACUGUCGCAGACGUCAAUCAAGCAACAAGAGCCUUGCUGAAUUUGAACACCUAUUUUGAAGAUUCGCGUCACUGGAAGGAGGUCUGGACAAGCGACAUUGUCAAAGACACAUGGAGAGAGCUAUGGUUGGCUGACGACAUGCCCAAUGCACAACCGCCAUCGGAAUGGUUUCGUACUGAGCUUCCGACAUUAAGCCAUUUUGACACAGCCUUGGAGUUGUGGUACCGAUAUCUAUUUAUCUUCUCAAUCCCGAUCCCUGACAAGAUCCCUCAUGUUUUCCAGGCAUCGCACCACAGUGUUUCGGCAUCUUAUGGUAUUGUCUGCAAAUUGAAACGGAAUUGCACCUUGCAGAUUUGGGAUCACGCAAUAUCGUGGCGCGAGACAAACCUUUAUCUCUCUUCUGCUAUGUGCACAUUGCCACCGUUCAUACGAAAUUCUCUCCUGGGUUUGAUGAAGCUCACUUCAUGUCUCAUUCUCCACCACGCUGAUCAGAUCCUUCCUUGCGCAGAUUUCUUCAAUCCUGGUUGGGAAGUAGAGAUCGGCAGCUCGAAAGGGCAGCUCACUCACCGCAACGUCUUUCGUCGGAAGGUCGACCCCAUCGUCAACGGAAUCACUGACAUGCAGAAAUUUUCUCCGGUGACUGAGAUCAAGACAAAGAAGCCGACUGUGACGAUGCUGUCCCACGUUUGGUUUGCAAAAGAUAUCAAGACUGCUCUCCUUGCAGCAGACAUCAUCACAAAUGAGUGGGGUUUCAAAGAUUACCAGCUCGAUAUUUACGGCGCACUGAACAAAUCGCCAGUCUAUUCCUCAGAAUGUCAGGAGAUCCUCGCUUGCAAAGGUCUCGGACAACAGGUGGCAAUGCGAGGCACUGCUGAUCCGGCCAAGGUUCUUGCUGAUACGUGGUUGUUCCUCAACUCUUCCGUAUCAGAAGGUUUGCCUCUCGCUCUCGGCGAGGCUGCUUUGACUGGUGCCCCUGUCGUUUGUACUGACGUAGGCGCAUCGCUUCGUGUCCUCACAGACCCUGAUGAUGGGAAACGUUACAGCGAAGUUGUCGCACCGAAUGAUGCUUACGGUCUUGCGCGCGCCCAAAUCAAUCUUCUGGGCAUGUUGGAUGAGUGGGCUCAGUAUGCAGACGAUGCCCCCGGAGUUGCGGCACCUAUACUACCGCACAAGCCCACGCCCAAAGACGUCGAGAUCAUUACACGUCGCAUGUACGAAAAAUCUGAGUACCGCCGCAAAUUAGGAAUGAUGGCCCGAAACAUCGUGCAAAAGUCGUUUGGUGGCGACAGAUAUCUACGGGAACAUGAGCAGAUGCUGUGGAUCGGCAAAGCCUACUAUGAAAUGUUGGGUAUUGACAAGCGGAUCAUACCACCGAAGACCCCAACUCGUAUGCUUUCACUUCGUUCUCGAGUAGCCCGGCAACAGCAAGAAGUCGAGGCGACUUACAGCGAAGUUUUCGACCCUCAGAUGGAAAUGAUGCUCCACCCACGGCCAUGGGCCAAUCAAAGGCAUUCCGGCGCAUCUUCUUUCUCAUCCUUCUAUAUGGAUGAAUCUGCACGCUCCUCGACAUAUUCCUUACCAACAUGGGAGCAUGACCGAAGCGGCAUGCGCACACCAGACUCAUCGAUCAGAUACGCAAACUCGGAAGAAGAUGGAUCGCCCCCGCUGGUGACUCGUCCGCCAAGAACACAUUCUCGUACCCAGGAUGGACGUCCCGUGUCACCAUCACCUAGUGCAAAAGGAAAACGGCCUGUGCAUCCUGCUUAUCGCAACUCGGGUAGCAAUUCAGGUAGCAACAACAGCAGUGCGAGGAGCUCGUACUGUGCCCCACAAACAGAUACGAGAAGGGAUUUAUUAGUCGUAAGACAGAACGUUCCAGGUUACGACAGUGCGAGAAGCAGCACUCGGAUCCGAAGUCAUCUGAGCGAGAUGGAAACUAUUGAAUAUGAUGAUUUCGGUGGGCGUUUGUGA